UCACAUUUCCUCUCCCCAUCGCUGGCCUAAUUCCUACCACCAAACCCAUCAAACAAGCAAAAAUCUCUUUUUUUAAAAAAAAAAAAAAAUUGAACGGAUUAAGCUUCCAGUCAUGAUCUGUACAUACUCACAAAUCCUUAGCUUCAAAACAGAAAUUUGAUCGGACCGAAGGCCACCGGAUCUUCGAAAUGUCUCUCGCACCAUGUAAGUCCGGCAACAUUUGCUUCUGGUUCAUUACUUUCGUCUUCCUCCUCCUCAUCGUAGCAGGCGGCGCCAUCCUCGUUAUAUACAUUACGUUUCCGGAGACGGAAGGUUCCGGCUGGCUCGCGGUGGCCGGCAUUGUUCUUAUUGGGGUCCCCUGGCUUUUCUGGAUCAUGGCUUGCCUGUAUCGUGCUUUCUUCUCUUGUCAAAAGCUGGGCGCCGUUGUCCCGCUGUCGACUGGUGUUGAGAUCAAGUCCGGCGAUGUUGGGGCGAGCUAGUCUCGCCGGGAGAAAUUGGCGGGGGCGGCGGCGGGCAUGGAAGGAUGCAUGGGAUUCGAGAUGUGAUUA